AUGAGUAAUGAUCUCCAGCACCACGAAGAGGUCAUCAAACUCUACAUCACGGCGAGUCACGCAUCAAACUCUGCAUCACGGCGAGUCACGGUCAUCGAACUCUGCAUCAUGGCGAGUCACGGUGUCAUCGAACUCUACAUCACGCAUCAAACUCUACAUCACGGCGAGUCACGCAUCAAACUCUACAUCACGGCGAGUCACGCAUCAAACUCUACAUCACGGCGAGUCACGCAUCAAACUCUACAUCACGGCGAGUCACGCAUCGAACUCUACAUCACGGCGAGUCACGGUGUGCGAGGACGCUCAAAACUGUAA